CAGUGUAUAAUAAUUUCUUAAACCGAAAACAUGAACUAGAGCGACUUUCGGCGCGAUGUGGUUAAGAAUUGUUUUAUCAAUUAAAUAAAAACAACCUAAAAUAAUUUCAAGUGCAGACAUAAUAUUUGAAAUUCUUUUGCCUUUUUCUUUUUUAUUUGAAUUAAAUUAAUUAUGAAAACAAAUAUUAAGAAACAAUUUGAAAGCUAAAAGAUUGCAUUUUUCAUCAUAAAGUGUUUGAUACGAAAAAAAGGUCAAUUGCGUCUUCCACCCGCUAUAACUCGUAUAAAAUGUGGGCCCGGUCUUCUCUUAUGUGAAUUAAAACUGAUUUAAUGCAUAUAUUUUACAUUUACAAUUGAUAAAAGGGAAUUUUUUAAAGAAAAUCUUAUUCAUCAAAGGAUACAAAAGCAAGUCUUAUAGAACAAAAAUUGGAUUUGGAUACAAAUUAUUUUUCCUACCGAAUCUUAAUCAAAAUGAAUUGGAACGACCCAUCUGCUCAACUAAGAGAACAAAUCGAAAUAACUAAAAUAUGAAGGAAUUUCGAAUGUCCAUCCUGCAAUAAAAUCUGGACUAUUUCAAGCAGUCACCAGCACCGGCCCAUAUUUUACCUACGUCCUAUCUACGACGGCGAGCGACGACACAAAAUAAGUGUAGCUAAAAAUGUUCCACACACAAUGGUUGCCAGCGGCAUGUGGAAGCCUAGCACCAGCUCUUAUACCUCCAGCCCACAUUGCCGUUCUGUGGUAUUUCUGGCAGAACUAUGCUCGGUUUGUGGAUAAGCGGUUUUGUUCAUGUUCCUGUUGGGAUACCGUAUUCAAAGGACCCUACGAGUCCGGAAUUGCCUCGUACAAACACAUGUACUUCAAUGCCACCCAGAAUUCAAUGAAAAUGUGGAUUUUAACAGUUUUGGCAGUGAUUGGACUCUACGAAUGCAUAAAACAAUUGAUUGCUCUGAUUCUUCAGAAUCGUGUCAGAUAUUCUAUGGUAUUGCUUUUUUCGUUGUCGAUAUUCUCUCACUAUUAUGCGUGGUGGGCGUGCAUGAAUUAUUAUAACGACGAUUACUACCACCAGUGGAACCAUCAAUUGUUUUUUACGAUAACCGAACUUAUAUCAACUGUGAUGAUAAUGCAUCUAGCAAGCACCAACAAUGCCGUCACAUCGAAGAAAAUAUUUUGCAUCGUUGGCAUUGCCCUGCUACACAUAGCAGCCAGUAGUUUCGAUCAAUUUGUUAUGAAUGUGAUUCGAGGUGAAGGAUAUGCCCAUCAAGUAGUACGAGAUAUUGGAUUUAUGAUUCCAGAUAUAUUACAACUGCUGAUACCACUUUGGCUAUUGCAACAAAGCCGCAAGGAGUCAUAUACCACACGGCCAUUUUAUCGGGAUCGAACUCUUCACAAGGACAUAAUUGCUAUGAUGUUCUUUGUCCUAUCUCUAUUUACAGUGUGUUCGAUUCUGUGAUGAGAUAUAGAUGCAUAUGAAACUUUGUUUAACACAUGGAAAUGAUAGAAUUUGAGAAUGAUGUACCCCACUACAAGUUGCUAUAUACAGUACACCUAACGUGUAAGUUCAUAGGCUCCUUCAAUUGUUUUAGUUUUUUUGAUAAUACAUAGUGUGUUGUAGAUUUUUAAUAUGAUAUCUAUCUAAAUAUUAGAUGAUCUGAAAAACUGCCUAUAUUUAGUGUGUGGUCAAUGUUAGUUUUAGUGAGUUUAUACCUAGUGAUCAAAGUUACAUAAAAUGUACAAUUAGAGAAAAAUAUAGCGAAAAGAGGCAUAAAGGGUUCGAUUCAUAAAGUUUAAUUAUUAUUUUAUUUAAAUAACAACAAAGUAAUAUUUUUUUUUUAUUUCACUAGGUCUUGAGGUUAGAAUUUAUAAAAACAUACAUAUCUUUACUUUUAAAUAUUUUUUUGUUCAACUCUGGAAAAAUAUCAAACAAAAAUAUACUUAAUCUACAUACAUAUGUGUAUUUUAGUUCCAAGUUUUGUCAGUUUAAUUACUAUUUAUGACAUAAUAGAAACUUGAACUAAAUAAUACAACGUAGAUCAAAAGAGCACCAUUUCUGAUUUUCUCACUGACAAAUUUAGUUUUAACUACAAAAAUCUAAAAAUCAUAUCAAUAAUAUAAAUAUUCUGAAAGAGUUUUUGUUUUAGAAAAAAGAAAAUUCAGAAAUUUUCUCCUGGAUUUGAAACUUCAUAGCCAUCAGAAUCAAAAACAGUCUUGAUGUGGGAUCCCAGAUUUUAAGGGAUUUCGGAUUGCUAUAUAAAAACAGCUAAGGUUGAAAUUUGUUUCACAUUUACAUUUUGCUAUAAACGAUAGAUCCAAAUCCCAUUAUGAUUGAACCAAGUCAAGUCAUUUUUAGCUAUUUGGAUAUCUUUAUUUACUAAAAUCUGUUUUUAAAAUUAAAAGUAGUCCCAUCUGUAGAAUGGCUAGAGAUUAUUUACCCACCGAUAUCAAUGUUUUAAAUAUACUGGUUUUUGAAUAAUUUUGUUAACAAAAACCGCUCCUUCCCCUUAUAUAAAAAGUCAAUUGAAAUUUUAGACUUAAUGUCAUAAACUAGUUGAUAAACAUUUAAAGACUCUUUCAGCACUCUAUUUUAAUGAGAGGGCUAUAAUAAUUCGUAUUAUUAAUCCCGAGAAUUUAUUAGGAUUAUUCUUAUUAAAAAUUUCAAAAACGAAACCCUAUAGAAAGUUCGAAAAGAUAAAACAUAUCGAAUGAAACAAUUUGUAUACAAUGAAAGUAGAAAGCUUUUUUAACAAAAAUAAAUUUAAAAAGAUAACAUACAAACAUAAAUAUUUUGUUUAAGAGUGUUAGUUAGUCAUAGUUUAAUGUUUACUUUUUUAUUUAUUAUGAAAAAAAAAACAACAAAAUUAAAUAUAUAUUAAAUUUAAAAACCUAUAUACAAUAAACAAUAAAACAGUAACUUACAAUGUGUCCCAACAAAAUAAUUGUUGUUCGCUAAAAUGAUAUUUUACAACUUUUUAACAUUUAUGUAGAUAUGGAUGUGAUGUGUUGUUUUGUUUUGUGGAGAAUAUCUUCCCAUUCAAACUUAGCUCUAAAAUUCAAUAGAAUGUACUCGUUAUAACUUUUGUAUUUAUUUUUAUUAUUUAUUUUAGUAGAUUUAAGAAUAAUUAUAUCACGGCUUAGUGUGAGACCAUUACAAAAAGACUUCCAAAAAACAAAAUAGAUUUUUAUUUGAUAUAAAAUAUUCUAUAUAGAUACAAAUAUGUAUAAGAUAUUAAAUAAAUAUACAUACAUAAUUAAAAAUCAAAUUAUAGAAUUAAACAAAAAAAGAAUAAAUAAACAAAACAAAAAUAAUUUCUUUAAUUUAUAGUUUUUUUUAUAUAAAAUAAAAAAAAAAAACAUAAAAAUAAAUUUUAAAUUAUUUAGAAAUAGUUGCAUGCAACAAUUGUUAGUUUUUGAUUAGUUUUACUGAAGAAACAAAAUAAUUAAGACAAUAUUAAUCAACAAUUACUUACACUUGUUUCGUAACGAAUUAUCAAAAGUAGAAAGUUUUUUGAUAAUUUUUUACAUUCAUGAAUUUUUAGCAAUAAAAAUAAACAUUACCUUCAAAUAAAUGGAA